UCCCCGGUUUCUUCUAAUCGACGAUCGAUUUUUGCUCCAGUUCCACAAAAGAUGGCGGACCGAACGCCUGGCGGCUCUCAGAAAGCUAGCGCUAAGGCGCUGCUCGAGAGCAAACUGAAGUCCUUCAGCAUCGGCAAGAUGGCAGUGGCCAAGAGGACGCUGAGUAAGAAGGAGCAGGAUGAAUUAAAGAAGAAGAAGGAUGAGCUGCAAGCGGCGGAGAUUUACGAGGAGUUUCUUGCCGCUUUUGAAGGAGGGGAUGGCAAAGUCAAGGCCUUUGUCCGCGGUGGUAUCGCAAAUGCAACAAAAGAAGAAGCAGCUACUGAUGAGAAGAAAGGGAAGUUGUACAAGCCCAAGUCACGUUUUGACUCUCAACCAAAAAGCUUCUUGCCCUUGGAUACCCCACCUCAGUUUUUAGCAAUAGACAAAAGAACUCCUGUAAAGAAGAGUACUGAAAAGGAGAAGAAGAAGAGCAACUUGGAACUUUUCAAAGAAGAACUGAAGCAAAUACAAGAGGAACGGGACGAAAGACACAAGCUGAAGGGGCGUGUGAGCCGUUUCGAGCCUCUCGCGGGCGUUGAAGGUAGACGCUCAUCGGAUGGUUCUUCAAGAAGAAACCGUCCGUCCAGUGUUUUGGAUGACUGUGCGCCAGGUUCCCACGACGUUGGAGACCCAUCCACUACCAACUUGUAUCUUGGAAACAUCAAUCCACAGAUGAAUGAGGAGAUGCUGUGUCAAGAGUUUGGCAGAUAUGGCCCGCUGGCCAGUGUGAAGAUCAUGUGGCCGAGGACGGACGAAGAAAGGGCUCGGGAGAGGAACUGUGGCUUUGUGGCCUUCAUGAACAGGAGGGAUGCUGAGCGAGCACUCAAGAACCUCAACGGAAAGAUGAUAAUGAACUUUGAGAUGAAAUUAGGGUGGGGCAAAGGUGUGCCCAUUCCACCCCAUCCCAUUUACAUCCCUCCUUCCAUGAUGGAGCACACACUCCCACCACCUCCCUCCGGCCUUCCCUUCAACGCACAGCCACGGGAGAGGCUAAAGAACCCCAGUGCUCCCAUGCUUCCUCCACCCAAAAACAAGGAGGAGUUUGAGAAGACUCUGUCGCAAGCCAUAGUCAAAGUGGUUAUCCCAACAGAAAGGAAUUUGCUCUCUCUCAUCCACCGAAUGAUCGAGUUUGUGGUGCGUGAAGGCCCAAUGUUUGAAGCCAUGAUCAUGAACAGAGAAAUCAACAAUCCCAUGUACAGGUUUCUUUUCGAGAACCAGAGCCCGGCACACGUAUACUACAGAUGGAAGCUGUACUCCAUACUGCAGGGUGAAGCACCAGCCAAAUGGCGAACAGAUGACUUCAGGAUGUUUAAAAAUGGCUCUUUCUGGCAUCCACCUCCUCUUAAUCCAUACCUCCAUGGUCCUUACGAUGAUGGGGAUGAGGAAGAGGAUGAUGAGGACGGCAUCAGGAAAGGCUGCUUGAAAGAAGACGAGCGGGACAAACUAGAGGAGAUGCUUCGUGCUAUGUCUCCAAGGAGAGGAGACAUCUCGGAGGCCAUGCUGUUUUGUCUCAAUCGCGCUGAAGCUGCUGAAGAGAUCGUUGAGUGUAUCACCGAGUCUCUCUCCAUCCUCAAGACCCCUCUUCCCAAGAAGAUUGCAAGGUUAUAUCUUGUUUCUGAUGUGCUGUAUAACUCUUCUGCCAAAGUUGCCAAUGCCUCAUACUACAGAAAAUUUUUUGAGACAAAACUCUGCCAGAUUUUCUCAGACCUCAAUUCAACAUACAAAUCAAUACAGGGCCACCUUCAGAGCGAGAACUUUAAGCAACGAGUAAUGUCGUGUUUCCGGGCGUGGGAGGACUGGGCUGUGUAUCCCGACCCGUUCCUCAUCAAGCUGCAGAACAUCUUUCUGGGUCUAGUUAAUCUCACGGUAGAGAAGGAACCUCCUUGCGUCGUUGUGGAGGUAAGAUAUUUCACAAUAGAAUUCAACACGGCAAUACUUAAUAAAAACCAAUCCUGUCAAGUACCAAAAAAAAAUCAAAAAAAGUCUUCUUUGUCCCAGGUUGAGCCACCAGAGGACAUUGAUGGGGCUCCGAUAGGCGAGUACGUAGAUGGGAGUCCACUGGAGGAUGUGGACGGAGUGCCAAUUGACGGAGGGGCCAUUGACGGGGCACCUAUAGAUGGAGCCCCCCUGGAUGACCUGGAUGGAGUUCCUAUCAAACCCAUGGAAGAAGACAUAGAUGGAAUACCUUUCGAUCAGUGUAAAGAAGCAGCCUUCAAGGUAGCGCCUUCAAAAUGGGAAGCAGUGGACGAGUCGGAGUUAUCAUCUCAAGCUGUGACGACCUCAAAAUGGGAGGCGCUGGAGCAGCCAGAACAAACAAAGAAAAAUGAGGACGACAGUGAGGAAGACGUGCGGAGCCCUCGCUCAGACGAAAAUCCGAGCUUCUCCAAUCCCACGAGAGAUGAUUCAGAUACUAAGACCAAGAUAUCUGAAAUGAAUGAGGAGAAACGCACCAAGCUCAGAGAGAUAGAGGUUAAGGUCAUGAAGUUCCAGGAUGAGCUGGAGUUGGGGAAAAGGCCAAAGAAGUCUGGUCAGAGUAUUCAGGAGCAGGUGGAGCAUUACAGGGAGAAACUACUACAAAAGGAAAAAGAAAAGGAGAAACUUGAGCGGGAAAAAGAGCGGGAGAAGAAAGAGAAGGAGAAAGCCGAUGCUCGGUUGAAAGACUUGAAGAAGGAAAAAGAGAAGGAGGACACGCCAACCAGGAAAGAGAGACAUUCGUCUUCUGUGGUUGACAGGAAGCGGCGCCACAGUGGGUCACCCAGCCCAACACGGAGCAGUAGCAGACGGGGGCGCUCCUCCUCGCCUCGCUCGGAGCGGUCGGAAAAAUCAGAACGUUCCGACCGAUCAUUCUCUAAAGACACAACCUCCCGCUCCACCCAUAAAGAUUCCCCCCGAACCAGCAACAAAAAGUCCUCCAAGAGAUCUCCUUCAUUACCUCGCACACCCAAACGAUCCCGGCGGUCGCGCUCCAAGACGCCCAAGAAAUCAGCCAAGAAGUCCCGCUCCAAAUCCCGGUCUCCUCACAGGUCUCACAAAAAAUCAAAGAAGAGCAAACACUGACGUCUUUUAGUUUUUCUUUUUCUUUCUGGAACCCCUUCUCCUCCCCUCUCUGCGCCGUGUUGUAUAAAAGAUUGAGUGAUUUGGCAGCUGAAGAUCUCUGCCCAGAUGUUAAUGUAUAGAUAAUGAAGAGCGGAGGCUGCUGCAUGGGUUGCCAUCUGGUGUAUCAAAUGGAUGGGGGCCAUUGCUGUUUUAUAUUGUACAAAAAAAAUACUGUGCUUGUGUGUCCUGAUUCCCAUCCACCUCCCAGUGGAAUUCAUCCAUGUGGUAGACCACUCCCAUACCGAGUGUGACGACAAUAGUCUUACAAUAAUGCUGUCAUUUUCUGUUUUUGUAGUUCACAUUAAAAAGAAUUCCUAAUAAACCAGUGUCAUUUUUAA